CCCCCACCCCACGGAAUGCGCGCCCCCGGUGUUGCGCCCCCCCCCCGCCCUGCGGGAUCCCCCAAUGGGGUCCUGCCGGAAUGCCUCGCCGUCUCUGCGCCCGGCCCGGCCCGCAGGACUCCCGACUCCUCGGCGGGCUGGAGCGGGGCCGGCUGGUGGAAGCGGAGCAGCCCGGAGGAGCGGGGCGCCGCCUGCUGCUGCUGCUGCUGCUGCCGCUGGGGCCGGGGAGGGCGCCUUCCUCAGUCCCCUGCAGAAAGGGCCGCGGUGGGGCAGGCGCGCCCAAGCCGGAGAGGCUGGUGGGGCGAGCGAGGCGAGGCGGGUGGCUCGCUCGCCCGCCCGGCUCAGGAAGUCGCGAGAGUGCUUUGCAGCCCUGGCGGCGGCGGCGGCGGCGUCCCCUCGGCCACCUUCCCUGGCCGGAGCUCGGCUGGAAAGCCUUCCUUGGGCCUCUGCAAGCGCCGCCAGCCAUCAAUCAGCGGGAGGUUUGCAAUUCCAAAGGUGUGCCGAUCUAACAAAAGCCCUUGGGUCUGCCUGACUUGCUCAAGUGUCCACUGUGGGAGGUAUGUGAAUGGCCAUGCAAAGAAACAUUAUGAAGAUGCUCAAAUUCCUCUAACUAACCACAAGAAAUCAGAAAAGCAAGAGAAGGCUCAACAUACAGUGUGCAUGGAUUGCAGUAGUUACAGUACAUACUGUUAUCGCUGUGAUGAUUUUGUAGUCAACGAUACCAAGCUGGGCCUGGUACAGAAAGUCCGAGAGCACCUACAAAAUUUGGAAAAUUCAGCUUUUACAGCAGACCGACAUAGGAAAAGAAAACUUCUGGAGAACUCCUCUCUAAACAGCAAAUUAUUAAAAAUAAAUGGGAGCACUACCACCCUGUGUGCGACAGGCCUUCGGAAUCUGGGGAACACCUGCUUCAUGAAUGCAAUUCUUCAGUCACUCAGUAACAUUCAGCAGUUCUGCUGCUACUUCAAAGAAUUGCCCGCCGUGGAGCUUCGGAAUGGAAAGACUGCAGGCCGGCGAACGUAUCACACCCGGAGCCAAGGAGACAAUGGCGUUUCGUUGGUGGAAGAGUUUCGGAAGACCCUCUGUGCUCUGUGGCAAGGCAGUCAGACGGCCUUCAGCCCUGAAUCCCUGUUCUAUGUCAUUUGGAAAAUCAUGCCAAAUUUUAGGGGGUACCAGCAGCAAGAUGCCCAUGAGUUCAUGCGCUACCUUCUGGACCAUCUGCACUUGGAACUCCAGGGAGGCUUCAACGGCAUCUCCCGCUCGGUCAUCUUGCAGGAGAAUUCUGGUCUCUCUGCUGCCAGUAGAUGUUGCAUAAAUGGAACUUCUACGGUUGUCACAGCCAUUUUUGGAGGCAUUCUUCAGAAUGAAGUCAACUGCUUAAUAUGUGGGACUGAAUCCAGAAAAUUUGACCCAUUUCUAGACCUUUCAUUAGAUAUUCCUAGUCAGUUCAGAAAUAAACGUAAAACCCAAGAAAACGGACCACUGUGCACAUUACGAGAUUGUCUCCGCAGUUUUACAGACCUGGAAGAACUUGACGAAACAGAGCUGUACAUGUGCCACAAAUGUAAAAAGAAGCAGAAGUCCACCAAGAAAUUCUGGAUUCAGAAACUACCAAAGGUGCUUUGCUUACAUUUGAAACGCUUUCAUUGGACGGCGUAUCUGAGGAAUAAAGUGGAUACAUAUGUUGAGUUUCCCCUGAGAGGCCUAGACAUGAAGUGUUACUUGCUGGAGCCUGAAAACAGUGUCCCAGGGAGCUGCCUGUAUGACCUUGCCGCUGUGGUUGUGCAUCAUGGUUCAGGGGUGGGCUCUGGCCAUUACACAGCCUACGCAACUCACGAUGGCCGCUGGUUCCAUUUCAACGACAGCACAGUAACCCUGACGGAUGAGGAGACAGUGGUGAAAGCCAAGGCCUACAUCCUCUUCUAUGUGGACCGGCAGGCCAAAUCCGGAACCAGCAAACUCUAAUACCUCUUCCCACCUUUUGCAUAUCAAGUCUGCCGGACACAACAUUUCCAAUCCUCUACGAAUACUUGAUCCAAGACUCUGGAUUCCAUUGUGCACUUUUCAGAUUUUUCUUGUGGGUUCUAGUUUUCUUUUGUCAGUAGUAGCAUUUGAUUUGUUAAACAUGGACAUGGUUAUACCAGGAAAAGAGAAAAGAACCUCAGCAGAUAAUUGAUUUGCUGCUUCAACUCAAUUUUUAUAUGUAGGUUUCGAGAGCUACUUUAGAUGUUUGACUUUUUAAGAUCCACUUCUCCGUUUUUUUCCUAAAGGCACAUUUACAUCAGAGAAACUUGAAUCAUUGUAGUUAGCACGGUUGUUGUCCAAUUAUGAAAAGCCAGGGAGCCUCUUGCUGCUUUCUCCGCUGCAGUGCAAGAUUCUCGCUGUUCAGAGCAAAGACUUGUACCUGCAGCUGAUGUUCCAGACGUGCAAAAUGUGGCUGCCCCUGAAAUGUAUGGCCUCCUUCAGCAGGCUGUGUAAUUGCUGCUACUUUUGGUCUGUGGAAGCCGCCUUCUGUUCUUGAGUAGCUGGCUGAGUUGUUUGUCACGUAAACUAUUUCAGAUAGUUCAUCUUGCUUGCUUUUUCUUUCUUUCUUUAGAAUAAGUGGGGGGAAAGCUAACCAUCUAUAGAAAUUGGGUAUCCAAAACCCCUGGGAAAAUUCAGGCCUGGUUAGCCCUUCCCUUUACAAUAGUGGAGAGUAUCAGUCCCUUCAUGCUUUCAUGGCCCCUUCUCCUGCGGGAUGCUCUGGAGGGAGAGUGGAUGUUCCCUGCAUUCCACUCAACUCGGCAAGCCGCAGCCCUGGAGGAGUGUAAGAAACAGUUGUGCUGUUGGCUCAGAGGAGCUUUGCAGCAGGGAGAAGAUCGUCCUCUGGCACUGGGCAUUGCUGUGGGAGCUCAUAAGACAACUUCAGCGGCUUCCUUCCAACAUGCACAGAACAGCAUCUUCACAGGUAGGCUUAGAAAUAGCCUGUCUGUUGCAGGGGUGGUGGUGGUGGUGGUGUUAGAAUACCCCUGAAUUUGAAACUGUUGAGGAGGGCGGCAGAGGGACGUAGAGGAACAAGGCCGUUGGGACAUACAUACUCCCCUCAGUACUAGCUGCCAUUAAGAGUAAGGACUAAGCUUCCGAAUGUGAUGUAAAUGUGCCUUUCUUGAUAACUUAGUAACAGAAAACUCCCCUCCCCCCCCAGAGCUUACCCCCCCCCCACUCCAUUCCUGUAAUAGUGUUCCCCUCUGUGAUACUGAGUUUGUUUGUUUGUUUUUAGUAUGGCAGUUGAAAUGCGUUUACUUGUCAUACCUGUUCUGGGACAAAAAUGACGUUUUCUAAUGUCGCUUCUCCCCCCCCCCCCCCCAACACAAACGGACAGGAUCAUCAGUGAGUUGUGGCAACACAAGUAUUAGCUCUUCCUGGUGGAGAUCUUUCUUUAUCCACUGGAUUCUACUCAGUGAGUUAUGUCAAAGUGACAGAUUUGAAGCAAAGGAUGCACUGCACCUGGACUAGUAUUGGAUUUUUACCCUAUUUGUAUAGCUUGUAUCUUUAAAAAAAAAAAAGCAGUUUUCGUUCCAGGCAACUCAGCUGCUUGGAUUUAGCACUGCUAGGCCAGUGACUCCAGCCAUUGGCAGGAAUAGACUGAUGGUGAUGUAGGUCAGCAUAGGAGCUGCUCUCUGGAAAAGCAAUGGUUUCCUUCCUCCAAUGACUUAUCCCCAACAUGUGUCCAGUUCAAGUGGACAAGCCUCUCCCCUCGCUGCCUCUGGUUUAGAAAGCAGCUGCGAGAGGCAUGGCCUCACUUUCCAAAAGGGAAACCUUACUGGGGGACCCACAUUCUGCCAUUCCAUGGGAAAGGGGGUGAGGGAAGGGCGGGGCAGAGGCAGCCCAAUGGAGGGACUCUUUGUAGCUGGUGGGGAAGGACAGCUUUGCACUCUUCUCCGCAGGGCUGUGUGUGUGUCACUCGCUGCGGUCAUUGUCGGCCCCUGGUUCCACGGUGCGUGAGAGAGCCCCCUGGGGCUGCAGUGCCAUAGCUGUGAUUGUUCCUUUGCCAUUAAAACCUUUGUGUAUGUA